GAAGCAGCCUGGAGCCGAACCGGUGAUGCACGUCCCCCAAAAGAAGAAGGACAAGUCCAAACGCUACGACCACGAAGACGAUAAUUCCCUCGUCGAGAUUGAUCCACAGCUCCGCUACAGCUUUCAGCGUAACUACCAGCCUAGCUGGUGGUUAUGGAUUCAGAUAUUUUGUGUUCGACUCCACACUAGGAAUUUCCUAGAUUACUUGGUACACAGUUCUGGCAGGUGACACACAAUGUAUCCAGGUGUACUCCCCAAUGUUUCUUCAACGGGUAUUCAGUAUUGACACCAUUGUGAAACCUCUUCCACCUGCCAUGGCCUAUAAUAUUUCCCGCAACUUGAACUUCUUCACUCGCAUUUUCACCCAAUUCUUUGCUGCUCAGGGGAAGAUUUUAACGAUUGAUAACCUUAGAAAGCGAGGUAUGGUUGUCAUGGAGUGGUGCUAUUUGUGCAAAAAGAGUAGGGAAUCAAUAGAUCACCUGCUUUUACAUUGUGAGGUGGCUGGGGAGUUAUGGGCUGGAAUACUUAGUAGAACCGGGCUAAAUUGGGUUAUGCCUAGGAGUGUGGAGGAGUUACUUGCACGCUGGAAUAGACCACGCAACAGCGCUCAACUGGCAGCAGUAUGGCGGAUGAUGCCCUUGUGCUUAAUGUCGCGUUUAUGGUCGGAAAGGAACGAGAGCUGCUUUAAUGAUAAGGAGCGUGGAGUGGGGGAAAUCUGGAACUUUUUUGUAUUCUCUUUGUUUCAAUGGUUUUCUGCUAUUGUUCUAAAGGGGGGAAUGUUCAUGAGUUUCUAUUUUCUUUAUAGUCCACUAGAAUGUAACUAGGUGUCUCACUUUGUAUACUUUCGGUGUACUUGGGCAUUGCAUAGUUUCUUCAUAUUCAAUAAAGAUUAUUACUUAUAAAAAAAAAAAAAAAAAUUAUAAGACUGCUAAAAUUUAUUUCUGCUAUGUGCUAUCUCAGUCUAACUAAAUUUCGGUGCAAUAUAACUUAUGAGAGUCGU